CCAAUCACGAACGAGUUCAUUGAAAGGAGACCUGCUACAGUGCCGUCUUUGUGUUGACAUUUUAGGAGGACUGAAAGUGUUUGAAUGGAUAUUACCAGGUGCCCGGAGAAAUGGGUAAAACAAGAAAAGGAGAGGCCUCCAACAUCCUCCAUGAUGCUGUCUAGCAAGAAGUCAGAUGCUGGCUCCUCCUCCUCUACAUCUUCUGCGGCAGCAGCGGGAGGCGAUAGGGCCCCUGUUUCUGAUGCCCAGACUGGUCCAUCAGCCUCAGCUGCAGGCCCUCUGGAUGUAAAGAAAAAGGAAAGGUCAUCCCCUAGUGGGGAACCUGGAGGAGCCCCGUUGCCUCAUCAAGCAGGCCCUGGUGGGGCAGAGCAAGACGCAGCUGAAGUCCGCAGAACUAGUCGUCGCAAGCGAGCGAAACAGGUGGAAUACCGCGAGAUGGACGAAAGCCUGGCUAAUCUGUCGGAGGACGAAUAUUACUCCGAGGAGGAGAGGAACGCCAAGGCAGAGAAAGAGAGGAAGCAGGUCAUCCCUCCACCACCUCCACCACCAGAGGAAGAGAACGACAGUGAACCAGAGGAGCCGUCUGGUGUGGAAGGAGCUGCUUUCCAGAGCCGUCUUCCUCAUGACCGUAUGACAUCACAGGAGGCCGCCUGCUUCCCUGACAUCAUCAGCGGUCCCCAGCAGACUCAGAAGGUCUUCCUCUUCAUCCGCAACCGCACGCUCCAACUUUGGCUGGACAACCCUAAAAUCCAGUUGACAUUUGAGGCCACAGCACAGCAGCUUGAAGCUCCAUAUAACAGUGAUGCUGUGCUGGUUCACCGAAUACACAGCUACUUAGAGAGGCACGGGCUCAUUAACUUUGGCAUUUACAAGAGGGUCAAGCCUUUACCAACUAAGAAGACCGGAAAGGUUAUCGUCAUUGGUGGAGGUGUGUCUGGUCUAGCUGCAGCCAGGCAGCUGCAAAGCUUCGGCAUGGAUGUUACAGUAUUGGAGGCCAGGGACCGUGUUGGAGGCAGAGUGGCCACAUUUAGGAAGGGCAACUAUGUCGCUGAUCUGGGAGCCAUGGUGGUGACAGGGCUGGGUAAGUCAAUACGGAAGUCAAAGCAUCCUAUAAACCUUUAUUGUGGUGAACGAUGCACAAGUGUGCCGAAAGAAAAAGAUGAGAUGGUGGAGCAAGAGUUCAACAGAUUGCUGGAAGCCACCUCCUUCCUCAGCCACCAGCUGGACUUUAACUUCCUCAACAACAAGCCCGUUUCUCUAGGACAGGCCCUGGAGGUGGUCAUUCAGCUGCAGGAGAAGCAUGUGAAAGAUGAGCAGAUAGAACACUGGAAGAAGAUUGUAAAGACACAGGAAGACCUCAGGGAUCUUCUCAAUAAGAUGGUGACCACGAAAGAACGGGUCAAGGAGCUCCAUCAGCAGUACAAAGAGGCCAGUGAAGUCAAACCACCGAGAGAUAUCACAGCGGAGUUCCUGGUGAAGAGCAAGAACCGCGACCUCACCACGCUCUGCAAAGAGUACGAUGACUUGGUGGAGAGCCAGGUCAAGCUGGAGGAGAAGCUACAGGAGCUGGAGGCCAAUCCACCCAGUGAUGUUUACCUGUCAUCCAGGGAUCGGCAGAUCCUGGACUGGCACUUUGCCAACUUGGAGUUUGCCAACGCUACGCCCCUCUCCACCCUCUCUCUCAAGCACUGGGAUCAAGAUGAUGACUUUGAGUUCACUGGCAGCCACCUGACAGUAAGGAAUGGUUAUUCUUGUGUUCCUGUGGCCCUGGCUGAAGGCUUGGACAUCAAACUAAACACAGCAGUGCGGCAGGUCCGGUAUACAGCUUCUGGCUGUGAGGUGAUAGCAGUCAACACCCGCUCCACGACCCAGACCUUCAUAUACAAGUGUGACGCCGUGCUGUGCACCUUGCCUCUCGGCGUGCUGAAGCAGCAGCCCCCUGCUGUGCAGUUUGUUCCCCCACUGCCUGAGUGGAAGACGUCCGCUAUACAGAGGAUGGGCUUUGGUAACCUCAACAAGGUGGUGUUGUGUUUUGACCGCGUGUUCUGGGAUCCCAGUGUCAACCUGUUUGGUCAUGUCGGCUCCACCACAGCAAGUCGCGGCGAACUCUUCCUCUUCUGGAACCUCUACAAAGCCCCGAUCCUACUCGCCCUGAUGGCCGGGGAGGCCGCCGGCAUCAUGGAGAACAUCAGCGAUGACGUGAUUGUCGGGCGCUGCCUGGCUAUUCUCAAAGGAAUAUUUGGAAGCAGCGCUGUGCCACAGCCAAAGGAAACCGUGGUCACUCGUUGGCGUGCGGACCCCUGGGCUCGGGGCUCCUACUCGUACGUCGCAGCAGGUUCUUCGGGUAACGACUACGACCUCAUGGCACAACCCAUCACACCGGGCCCCGCCAUACCAGGAGCCUCACAGCCUGUCCCUCGUCUCUUCUUCUCCGGGGAGCACACCAUCAGGAAUUACCCCGCUACAGUUCACGGCGCGCUGCUCAGUGGGCUCCGCGAAGCCGGACGCAUUGCCGAUCAGUUCCUGGGUGCCAUGUACACACUUCCCCGACAGGCCACUCCCGCAGCUGCCAGCAACCCUCAACAGGCUCAUCCCACCCCCAGCGUCUGAAAUUGCCUCACCCAGUUCCUGUUAACUCAGGACUGUGGGACCAACUAAAGCAGUUAGAGAAAAUACAAAAGUUUACCCAUAAACUGUUGAUAUUUCUGUACGUGAAAGGUCUCGGAACUCCCUGACAACACUUUGCAUCAUUGCCUUUACUGAAGUAAUUCAUUUUCUGGCUUUAGGUAUGAUGUGAAAUUGAGAUUCCUUUAAGUGGAGCAUUACAGUUCCUACAGAGUUAUUUUGGGACACUAGUGACUGUUCACAUUUCCAGCUAAAUAUGGAGACCGAUGUAACUUACUACAAAGACUGGGCGAAGCUAAAGAAAGACGAAUACGUCACAAUUUUGUUACAUAGUAAUGUGAUAACUCAUCUUUAGAAAUGUGUGAUUUUGUUUUCUUCUCCCCAGUCUUGAAAACAGAAGCAUGGCAUUAUGUUGAGUGAUAAAGUGUAUUUGAUUCCCUGUGGAGCAUGACUGCAAAACCCAACAUCUAUUUAUGUGCCCUUGUUUAAAUCCUAAAAGUACACAGAACCGAGAGCCAGAUAUCGUAUGAGACGGAUGACAAACUCAGUGGCCCAGUCUCAAUCUCAAGGCCUUGUCUUAAAACAUUGCUAUGUACUGUAGCUGUAUGCCUCUUAAGUUUACUUUCUAUUAUUUACGGUUGCAGAGAGUAUAGUGGAAAUAGUUUGUAUUAAAAGCUAAAAAGACAGAUUAAAGAAUUGUGACUGUUUUUGUUGCCAUAGCAGUUUAAGUAUUUUGGUAUGGUUGUCAUCGCAUACUUUCUUUUUAUAUUGACAAUUGUUUUUGUUAUUAAAAGAAGACAGAAAUUGUA